AUGGUAGGAGAAGGAAAUGAAGGUGGUGGUCGUGGUGGUUGGGUGGUGAAGCCAUUUGCUAUUGCUAAGAGCUUGUUGUUGUUGGGGAAUAGAAGCAGCCUCAAUAUAAAUCCUAAUCUGAAAUGCCGCUUGAAACAUGUCAGAAUUGCCUUCAUAUUUCAUUCUAGUGACACAAAAAAACCAGCAAUGGGUUCAAUUACAUCACCAUGCAACCUUCACUUCAUAUUCAUCCCUUUCAUGGCACCUGGUCACAUUCUUCCAAUGGUAGAUAUGGCCAAGUUGUUAUCCCAGCGUGAUGUGAAAGUCACCAUAGUCACCACACCCCUCAAUGCCACCAAAAUCAAAGCUAGCAUUGAUAGAGAGAUUCAAUCAGGCUCACCAAUCCAACUUCUACCAGUGAAAUUCCCAAAUGUUGAAGCUGGAAUACCAGAAGGAUGUGAGAGCCUAGAAACUCUGCCUUCAAUGGAUCUCAGGGAGAAUUUCUUCACAGCUUUGAGUCUAUGGCAGAAACCACUUGAAGGACUUCUUGAAAAGUUGAACCCCUUUCCAAGCUGCAUUGUAUCUGACAAGAACAUUGCAUGUGUUGCUGAUAUCUCCACCAAAUUCAAAGUCCCAAGAAUAAUCUUUGAUGGGACUAGUUGCUUCAAUCUCCUAUGCAAUCACAAUUUGCACACUUCAAAGGUCUGUGAAACUGUAUCUGAUUCAAAUCAAUUUAUAGUUAUCCCUGGAUUGCCACACAGAAUUGAAAUGAAGAAAUCUCAAUUACCUGUGAUUUUCACCCCUGGCCCAAACCAAAAGCUGAAUGCUGUACGCGAGAGAAUCAGGGAAUCUGAGGCACAAGCAUAUGGGAUAGUGGUGAAUAGUUUUGAAGAGUUGGAGGAAGAGUAUGUGAAAGAGUAUCAAAGAGUCACAGGGCACAAGAUAUGGUGUGUUGGCCCGGUUUCGCUAUCGAAUAAGGAUGACAUUGACAAAGCUAGUAGAGGUAGGAAAGACUCAAAUGGUGAAAUUGAAACGCAAUGUAUGAAGUGGCUUGAUUCAUGGCCUGCAAGCUCUGUGAUCUAUGUUUGUCUAGGAAGCCUUAACAGGGUUACACCACAGCAACUGAUGGAGCUCGGUUUAGGACUCGAAGCGACGAAAAGGCCUUUCAUUUGGGUGCUGAGAGGAGCAUAUAAAGGAGACGAACUCGAAAAGUGGCUGGAGGAAGAGGGAUUUGAAGAGAGGGUGAAGGGAAGAGGGAUUUUGAUCCGGGGUUGGGCGCCGCAAGUGUUGAUCCUUUCGCACCGAGCCAUAGGAGUGUUCUUGACACAUUGUGGAUGGAAUUCGACGCUGGAAGCAACUUGUGCAGGCGUGCCGGUUGUGACUUUUCCUAUGUUUGCUGACCAGUUUUACAAUGAGAAGCUUGCAGUGCAAGUUCUUGAGACUGGGGUGAGGAUUGGGGUUGAAAAUUCUGUACACUUUGGAGAUGAAGAGGAGAUUGGUGGUGUUGUUCAGGUGACUAGGGACAAUGUGAAAGAGGCUUUGGAGAAGGUAAUGGGUGAAGGUGAAGAGAAAGAGAAGAGAAGAGAGAGGGCUAGGAAGUAUGCUGAAUUAGCCGAGAAAGCGAUUGAACAAGGUGGAUCUUCUUAUCGGAACAUGUCUCUGCUGAUUGAAGACAUAAUGAAUGUGAAAUUGCAAAAUCCAAGCUAGGCUGUAUCUGUGUUUUGGUAAGGCAUUGCCUCUAAAUGAUAGCAUUUGGUGUUGGAAGUAUUGAUUUUUUUUUUUUUUCUGCUCUGGAAAUUGUUAUGGUGGUUUUUACUUGUGGUUAUAUUCAUAACCUUUUUUUAUAAAUGAAGUGUGAAGUUUGAACUUCAGUCCUCGAAUGAGUU